UGUUGGGGAGCAGUUGAAUCGGUUGCGUCAACGCGAAGACGUAGUCGCUGGUGCUGCUGGAGAUAAGUAAAAAUCGGGGAACGUUCGCUUAUCGGCCCUAUCGACGCACUGGACACACAGAUAGUCGUUCACCGUCGUGUACUGUACAUUUUUUGAGGACAAACUUUAAAGUUCCUUCCCCGCCGAGUGCGACGCCGUGAGAAAAACAGGACCCGUAUUGCAAAUCUCAUGCCCCCCAAGGCAGGGCGGAUGUGGUAAACUUCGCGUAGCUCGAGAGAGAGCGUAAUUAUAACGCUCCAAAGGUUAGCCCCGCGACGCUAUCUCGCCUCGCUAUCGGUCGCGUUAAUCAACCAGUUUCGGACCGCGGGUACCUGAUUGAUACGAUUGGACGGAGGUUCCGUGGCCCAGUGCCUCCGAAAUAGGCCACAGUUCGCAGCUAGUGCCCUCCCGAGUCGGUCCUAAACAUUCAUUAGGAGGUCCAAAGACCAGCUUCUUCAGCAAUGCCGUCCAGCAGUGAAACCGUGAACAAAGACCUGCAGGCCGAGCGGGACAAGUGCACCUUCAACAACGAGGAGUUCACCCUCUGGUGGGUGGGGGGUGAAACGAAGCUGAAGGAGAAACGGUUCCGCGAGGACUUCUUUCUAAAUGACCCGGAGCUGCAGGAGAAGGUGCCGCUGCACUUCCUUUCCCACAAGGAGCUGUACGAGGAAUCGGUCCGUAAGGCAACGGUAGCCUUCAAGAAGGUGCGAAGGCUACAAGAGAUGGGCCAGGAUGGUGUCGACAACUAUUCUGCGCUGCUCGGUGGAUUGCUCGGGACGGGAAUUUUGAAGCAAGGUAACCCACUUACCGUGCACUACGUCAUGUUUCUACCUGCCAUUCUCGGUCACGGAACGCCCGAACAGCAGGCGGAAUGGUUCGGCCGUGCCUGGAACUGUGAGGUGAUCGGCACGUACGCCCAAACCGAGCUUGGCCACGGAACGUUCCUGCGAGGCUUGGAAACGACGGCCACGUACGACGAGCAGACGAAGGAGUUUGUGCUCCACUCGCCGACACUGACGGCCUACAAAUGGUGGCCGGGAGGAUUGGCCCACACGGCAAACUACUGUGUGGUGAUGGCGCAACUCUUUUCGAAGGGCAACUGUCACGGAAUUCAGCCCUUUAUUGUGCAGCUGCGCGAUGAGGAUACGCACAUGCCACUGAAGGGCAUCACGAUCGGCGAGAUCGGAAAUAAGCUCGGCAUGAACGGUGUCAAUAACGGUUUCCUGGGAUUCGAUCAAGUUCGCAUUCCACGCAAGAACAUGCUGAUGAAAAACGCCAAGCUGAUGGAGGACGGCACGUUCGUGAAGCCACCGUCCCAGGCCCUCACCUACGGAACGAUGAUGUUCGUGCGGGUUGUUAUCUGUCGCGAUAUGGCGGCCUAUCUUUCGAAGGCGGUAACCAUUGCCGUCCGCUAUUCGGCCGUUCGUCGUCAAAGCCACAUUAACCCAGACCAGCCGGAAGUGCAAGUGAUCGACCACCUGACACAGCAGUACAAACUGUUCCCGGCCAUUGCCAAAGCGAUCGUCUUCAAGCUAACGUCGGACAACCUGUGGGAGAUGUACAAUGCGGUCACAUCCGAGCUGGACAAGGGUGAUCUAGAGCGCCUGCCGGAGCUCCACGCGAUCGCUUGCUGCCUCAAAGCGAUCACCACGGCGGACGCUGCUGCCGGUGUGGAAGUGUGCCGUUUGGCGUGCGGUGGACACGGCUACAUGACCUGCUCAAACUUCUACGGCACCUACGGAAUGGUGACCGCCGCCUGUACGUACGAGGGCGAAAACACGGUUCUGUUGCUGCAAACGGCAAGAUAUUUGCUGAAGGCGUGGCAGCAGGCCCAACGCAAACAGGAACUGGUUCCGACCGUGCAGUAUUUGGGACGGUUUUUGGCCAACAACAAUCGCCGCGUCGACUGGGACGACUCCAUCGGGGGUAUCAUUCGCGCGCUCCAAACGGUUGCCGCCGGCAAACUGCGCCUGGCCGCGGAGCACAUUGAGAAGCGCCAGAAAGGGGGUGCCACACUGGAAGAGGCAACCAACCAGACGUCGAUUGAGCUGGCACGAACGGCGGACGCGCAUUGCCGGGCGUUCCUGGUGCAGUCUGGCUACGAGAUGAUCGAGAAGGGUUGCGAAACGGUUUCGCCGGAAGUGGGCCAAGUUUUGCGCACCAUCUACCAUCUGUACGCGUACGAUGAAGCGCUGAAGGCACUUGGCGAUUUGUUGCGCUUUACGACGAUUUCGGAAAGUGACAUCAAUCGGCUGCAGGCGAAGCUGGAGGCUAGCCUGGCGGAGUUGCGCCCGAAUGCGGUCGGUAUUGUGGAUUCGUUCGACAUUCCGGACGACGUGCUGGGAUCGCCACUUGGAGCGCACGAUGGCAACGUGUACGAGCGGCUGUACGAGGAGGCCAAGAAGAGCCCCCUGAAUCAGGAACCAGUAAACCAGUCAUUCCACAUGUACUUGAAACCGUUCAUGAAGUCCAGCCUCUAAAACCGACGACAAGGACUAACAAGCUUGAGGCCUUUCUUAGCGUGCGGGAUAACGGCGAGACAGUAACGGGCCGUUGACGAAGAAACGAUUCUACAAUUCCUGGUGAUAGUUGAAUUUUCUUUACGUUUAUACAAUAAGAGAUGUUUUAUACACAAAUAUCGUAUAUACCUCCAUUUUACUAAAAAAAAGAUGUUAAACGUCCAAUAACAAAAUUGCAUCACAAUCUAUGGCACGA